AUGGUGUUUGACAUGCACCUCAACAGCCUGCGGAAUGCCAAUGUGAGGACAUUGUGGGAAGAUGAUGUUCAUCCACACUAUGUCAUGAGGCGAUAUGCUGAGUUCACAGCCUCACUUAUUCACCUUAAUGUUGAAUAUGGAGAUGGUCAGCUUGAGCUGAACUUGGAAAGAUUGAGAAUGGCCAUUGAUGACUUGCUUGUCAAGCUUGCGAAAAUGUUUCCCAAACCAAAAUUGCAGACGGUGUUUCUAAUAAACAACUAUGACAUGACAAUUGCUGUACUGAAGGAAGCAGGUUCAGACGGUGGGAAAAUUCAACUGUACUUUGAAGAACUGCUGAAGAACAAUACAUCAAUUUUUGUGGAAGAACUACUCCUCGAGCAUUUUAGUGAUCUUAUCAAGUUUGUAAAGACUAGAGCCUAUGGGCUCAUCCGCAAGUUUCUUUCAGCUGAGGAUCCAAAUUCUGGUUCUGAGAGGCCCAUAACUGUUGCUGAAGUUGAGCCACUUGUAAAGGAUUUUGCUGGUAGAUGGAAAUCCGCAAUAGAGCUGAUGCACAAUGAUGUUAUUACUUCUUUCAGCAACUUCCUGUGUGGCAUGGAGAUCUUGAGGGCUGCAUUAACUCAGCUGCUGCUUUAUUACACCAGGCUCUCAGAUUGUAUAAAGAGGAUUGCCAGUGGGUCUGUACUGAACAAGGAUCUUGUUUCCAUAUCUUCAAUAAUGUAUGAAAUCAGGAAAUACUCAAGGACUUUCUAG